AUGACGGCCGUGAUCGUCACUGGCGGAAUCGAUCUCUCCGUCGGCAGCAUCGUCGCCCUGUGUGGCGUGGUUACCGGAAUCCUCUGGCAAGACUACGAGUGGCCGAUUGCCCUCGCUUCCACCGCCGGAGUCGCAACCGGCCUUCUCGCCGGCGCCGUUAACGGAACGCUCGUCGUACUCGGCAUCGCCCCCUUGGUCGGCACGCUGGCCACCAUGGCCUUCUUCGCCGGGCUGGCGAUGGCCAUUGCCGAAGGCCGCCGCAUUCCCGGCCUGCCAGAAUCGUUCAACCACUUGGGCCAGGGCUCACUGCUCGGCAUCCCACUGCAGUUCUGGUUGAUGACCGCCGUGUUCGCCGCAGCUUACGUCGUCGUCCAUCACACCCGGCACGGUCGCUACCUCUUUGCUAUCGGCGAUAACCGCCUCGCCGCCCAGUUCGCCGCCGUGCGGGUGCGACGCGUCGAGUGGUGGGUUUACGCCCUCACCGGUUUAGUGGCGGGUGUGGUCUCGCUCGCCUAUACUGCCCGCGGUGGGGCGGCAAUUCCCAACGCCGGCACCGGCCUCGAACUGCAAGUGAUCGCCUGCGUCGUCAUCGGUGGUACCAGCGUCACCGGUGGCUACGGUGGAGUGGGGAGAACGCUCCUUGGGGUAACAGCCUUGGCCAAUCUCGACCUGGGCUUACAACUGUUCGCUUCCAAUGAGCAACUUCGCACGAUGAAAGCAGCAUGGACAGCGGUGGUUCUGGUCGUUGUGGCUCUCAGUACCGGGUGUUCGGCAGAGCAAUCGGGCCCGAAAGCCCUCAAGAUGGGCAUGAUGCCCAAACUGGUCGGCAUCCCUUACUUCGAGGCCUGCAAAGAAGGGGCCGAAGAAGCCGCCGCCGAGUUGGGUAUCGAACUCGACUACGAUGGCCCGGCGACCGACAGCGUUGAGGAACAAGCAAAAAUCGUCGACCGCUGGAUUGUGCAGGGCUACGACAUCAUCGCGGUGGCCCCCAACGACCCCGAAGUGAUCGCUCCCGCUCUUCGCCGCGCGGCCGACGCAGGCAUCGUUGUCAUCACGUGGGACGCCGACGCCAACCCCACCGAAUCGGGUCGCCAGAAGUUUGUGAAUCAAGCCACCUUCGAAGGUAUCGGUAAUGCCCUGGUCGACGUGUUGGCCGAAUCCAUGGACGUAAAAGGUAAAGCCGUCAUCAUCAGCGGUUCGGUCACCUCACCCAACCAGCAAGCGUGGAUGGAAGUUAUGCACGCCCGACUGAAAGAUCGCUAUCCCGAUAUCGAAGUGCCCGCCACCCUCUACAGCGACGAAGAUCAGGCCAAGGCCCAACAGUUGGCCCGCGAUGCCAUGAGCAACCACCCCGAUCUCACUGGCAUUUGGGGCAUCACUUCGGUCGCCCUGCCCGGGGCCGCCAAAGCCGUUCGCGACGCCGGACGCUCGGGCGAAGUCCUCGUCACCGGCCUCAGUCUGCCAAGCACCACCCGCGAAUACGUGAAGGAUGGCACCGUCCCCAAGUUUGUGCUCUGGAACCCGGUCGACCUCGGUUACCUAACCGUCUACGUCGGCAAGCAACUCGCCGAAGCCAAGCUAGAAAACGGCACCCACACCCUGGGCCGUCUCGAGUCGAUCGAAGUAAGCGACGACGAAGUCCUCCUCGGCGAACCGCUUGUGUUCGACUCGGAGAACAUCGACGCCGACAGUCUUCGCAAACACAUGCUGGCCGUUGAAGCCGGCAUGAGGGCGUAUGCCGAGAAGUUUGGCGAAGAUGUCGAGAAGUGGGGCAUCGUCGGCCUACUGCACGACUUCGACUACGAACGCUGGCCCAACGCCCCCGAUCAUCCGCUGCAAGGGGCCGAGAUUCUUGCAGCCCGCGGCUAUCCCGAGGACGUCAUCUACGCCAUCAAGUCGCACGCCGACUAUCUACCAGAUUGCCCUCGUGUCUCUCCUAUGGACAAGACGCUCUACGCCUGCGACGAACUCGCCGGCUUUAUCACCGCGGUGGCCGUUAUCCGCCCCACAGGCAUCGAAGGCCUCAAACCCAAGAGCGUGAAGAAGAAGCUCAAACAAAAGAGCUUCGCCGCGGCCGUUAACCGCGACGACAUCACCCGCGGGGCCGAAGAUCUGGAAGUCGACCUCGACGAGCACAUCCAAUUCCUCAUCGACGCCAUGACCGCCAUCGCCCCACAACUAGGGCUGGCCAACUCGGCAGAAGAAUGA